AUGUUUGCAGGCAUAUUCAGAGGUUUUCCUAGAGUCAGGUGGAUGAUUAGAGGAGAUAUCAGAAGGCUGGUCGUGGUGAGAAGGCUAAGAGUGAGCCUGAUGGGGCCUGGAUCCACCAGAUUGUAUGGACUAAGGAGAUUUUCGACAUCACCUAAACGGUUUUCUGAAAUCGCAUUUGAAUCUCUUGGGGAAGAACAGCAGGAGAUGAUGAAAGAAGAGCGAGUUGUGGAUAACGUGGAUAUUUGUAUUGUUGGAGGAGGUCCUUCAGGGCUUGCUACUGCCAUUCGAUUGAAACAGUUAGAUAAGGAGGAUCAGUUGAGAGUGGUAGUUCUUGAGAAGGGGGCAGAGAUAGGUGCACAUAUUCUUUCUGGUGCAAUUUUGGAACCCAGGGCUCUUAGAGAGUUGUUUCCUAAAAGUGAAUACUAUGAUGAUCAGGGUAAAGGAAUACCGUUACCAGCAGAUUUGGUUUCCUUGGUGAAGGAGGAGCACAUGAAGUUGCUUUUCAAGAAUGGUUAUUCAAUUCCUUUGCCAGGGCCUCCACAAAUGGCAAAUAAGGGGCGUAAUUAUGUUGCAUCGUUGUCAGAAGUUGUGAAAUGGAUGGGAGAUAAGGCCGAGAGCAUUGGUGUCGAGGUGUAUCCUAAUACCUCUGUGAGUAGUCUUAUUUAUGACAGCAAGGGAGCAGUGAAAGGGGUUGCUACUAAAGAUAUGGGGGUUGGUAAGGAUAGUGCUCCUACGGAUGAUUUUGAAAGAGGUAUGGAAUUUCAUUCUAAGCUGACUGUAUUGGCUGAAGGUUGCAGAGGGUCUAUUUCUAAGCAGGCUAUCAGCCAGUUCCAUCUUAGCGAAGGAAAAUCGCAUCAGACCUACGGUAUUGGAGUCAAGGAAGUUUGGGAAGUGAAACCAGAAAAUUUCAGGAAAGGUUAUAUAGCUCAUACUAUGGGUUAUCCAUUGGAUAGGAACACCUAUGGAGGAGGUUUUCAGUAUCAUUUUGGUGAUGGUUUGGUCACUGUUGGCUUGGUUGUUGGACUCGAUUAUGAAAAUCCAUGGAUUUCACCUUAUCAGGAGUUUCAGAAAAUGAAGAUGCAUCCUUUUUAUAAGAAAGUGUUGAAAGGUGGUAAGUGCAUUUCGUAUGGAGCUCGUGCUUUGAAUGAGGGAGGAUAUCAAGCAGUUCCCCGGCUUCAUUUCCCUGGGGGUGUGAUAGUUGGAGCUUCUGCAGGAUUCAUGAAUGUUCCUAAGAUCAAAGGUUCCCAUACGGCUAUUAAAAGUGGUAUGUUAGCUGCGGAGGCUAUGUAUCCCGAAGUAUUAAAGGUAAAGAAAUGGGUUGAAGAGAAGAUUGCCCAAGACUGUGAACAAGUACAGCCUGUGGAAAAGGACGAGAAGGAUGAAGAUGACGAUGACGAUGACGAUAUGAUCAUUCUACCAGAAUGGAAAGCCAUUAAUUUAUCUUCCCUGCAAACUGCCUAUGAAAACUCGUGGAUCAAAAAGGAGCUUUUUUCUGUUCGUAACGUCAGGCCUUCGUUUCACAAUCCUCUUGGAUUUUGGGGAGGAAUUGUCUGUUCCGGUCUCUUCACUAUGAUCACUCGUGGUCAUGAACCUUUCACUCUUAAGUUUGGUAAGACUGAUUCUGAAUUAGUGAUGGAUGCUUCUUCAUGCAAAAAGAUAGAUUACCCUAAGCCAGAUGGCAAGAUCACCUUUGACAUUCUCACCUCUGUCAGUAGAACAGGUACUUAUCACAAAGAGAACGAAAAAUGUCACCUUAGAGUGCCAGAGCAAGACUUGAAGAAACACGCAGAUAAGCUCUACCCAAAAUUCCAAGGAAUUGAGCAAAGAUUCUGUCCCGCUGGAGUCUAUGAAUAUGUUCCAGACGAGAAAUCGAAGCUUGGCGUCAAGUUCCAGAUCAACUCUCAGAAUUGUAUUCACUGUAAGACCUGUGACAUUAAGAUACCUACGCAGGAUAUUACAUGGACUGUGCCUGAAGGUGGAGAUGGCCCUAAGUACCAAAUGACUUAA